AAAUAUUCAGUUAACUGCAGAACUUCAAACUAAAUCCAUAUUCAUUCGUGUGCAUUAUAAUCAAUACUGUAAAUGAUUGCUAGUAAAUCAUAUAUAGCCGAACCAAUCCACAUUAGACGUCCUUCAAAAUGUGAAAUUAUCGAUCGAGACCGCUACACGUACAAUGUAUAUAGUGAAUACGAUCGAAGAAGAACAUUUGUAAAUUGGCCAAAAUCCUAUAUAAAUACAGAUCAAUUGGCUCAUUUUGGAUUCUAUCACUAUGGAGGUGAUAAAGUGAAAUGUGCUUUCUGUAACGUUGUUGUAAGGGAUUGGGAUGAAGGUGAUUCACCAUUAGCUGAACAUUUAAAACACUCGUCACAUUGCCCUCUAUUAAACAAACAAUUUACACAAAAUAUUCCGAUUGACCAAGAUGAAUUGAAUCGAAGCUUACCAGAGAUUUCACCGGAUGAAUGCAGCGACAUAACCUGUGAACAUACAUCAGUAAACAAAUCAGAACACUACGAGCAUCCCGAUUAUAUUUUGGAACAUAAUCGAUUGAAAACAUUUGGCAACUGGCCGAAAUCUAUUCGACAAAGGCCACCGGAACUUGUUGAAGCCGGAUUUUUCUAUAGUGGGCAAGGCGAUAUGGUAAUUUGUUUCAGUUGUGGAUUAGGAUUGCGCGACUGGGAAAUCGAAGAUAUUCCGGUAGUUGAGCACGCAAAACACACUUCUCAAUGUUUCUACUUAAAUUUAGUAAAAGGUGAGGAAUUCGUUAAAAACAUCAAAAAGGCUGAAUUAGAAAAUGACACCACAAAGAAAACUGUGACAAGAAAUGUGUCUAUUAUUGGAAACGAAGAGACUUCAACAGAAAAUGCAUGCAAAAUCUGCUACGAUAGAGUUGCUGACAUUUUAUUUCAACCAUGUAAUCAUUGUGCCUCAUGUGGUAGAUGCAGCGUGUCUUUAAAAACAUGCCCUGUAUGCAGACGAACAAUAGAAACAAAAACAAAAAUUUAUUUCUCCUAAGACAAGAACAUGAUAAUUAAUCAUUUCUUCUGGAGAAUGGCUUUUCACAAAUAUUUUGUGAAAGAAAUCGAAUCGGAUGCUAAAUAUGAAUUUGGAUGGAUUUACAAUGAAAGCUAUAGUAAUAUUCGGAAUGUAGCCGAUUAAGUCAAUGACAUGCAUUCCAGUAUAGGUCAUGCAAAUACCCACUUUAUAGAUCACACCCUGACUUACCCUUUCUUUUGGUGAUACAGGAGUUGUAAAUCAAUCACGAUACACCCUAGUGAAAAAUAACUACUAAAAUAAACAGUAGAGAUUUUUUUAAACUGUCAUCAGAAAACCCGUACGACCUCCUAAAAAGAAACGAAUUCUAUGGAGAAAGCAGUAGUCAACUUACUCAGCAGAUUAUAACAUCUAUCCUACAUAUCCUACAUCUACUCCAAAGAAAUGACUAUCAGAAAAUUGUAAUAAAAUUUAAUAAACUAAUCAAAUACACACUUUAU